AUGGCGGAUGUAAACAUGAGCAGUGAAGCAUCGGAGCCUUUCGGAUCCGAUUUCAGCGAUAUAGAUAGCAAUUAUAAUCCCAGUUCUUCAAAUAUCGAGUCUUCAGACGAGAAUAAUGAUGAUUCGAGUGAAAAAAACUCAAUAAAUGGGUUGUCGAACACUAAGAAACAAGACAAUGAUGAAUCAGAAGGCAAAUCUCACCAACUUUCCAAAAAGAUAGUAAGAAAUCUUGAGAAUCAUGCAUGGUAUAAAAGGAAGAUAGCCAUGGAGAAAGGAGAAGAAUAUGUCACGGAAGAAGAAAAACGUAAAAAUGCUAAAAAACUUGUAGUUGGACCAUGUUCGUGCAAAAUAAAGUGCCAUAUGAAAAUUUUAAACGAACGAAAUUUACGUAGGUCCAAAACUCGUGUAUAUUCUUUACCGGAUGAAAAUGGUUGUGACCAAGUGGUAGGAAAAUACAGUGCCGUGGCUAAAAAUUAUGAAGCAAUGUCAGAACUAUUGCAAGAGGACUAUAAUAAUCAAGAAGCCGAAAAGUAUCUUGAACAGGCGGCCUACUUUUAUCAAUUGGAUAAAAGAUAUUGGGCGUCAAAUAAAUGUUUGGAACAAAUCGCAGAAGGAGCUGCUUUGGCAUCAGAUUAUGUUAAGGCAAUCAAAAUCUUUGAAGGAAUCGCUUGUUUCGAAUUAUCUAGCUCGACAAGGAAACACGUAGCGAAUGAAUACUUUUUCAGAUGUGCCAUAUGUGUUCUUUGCGCUGGUGCUAGUGUUACAAAAAGAUUACUUACUUACAUUUACAUAUUUCCACCUUUUAAAAUGUCCAGAGAAUAUGAACUAGUUGUGUGUUUAGCAGAAUGCAUCAACGAUAAUGACUUAGAAGGGUUUGAGUAUGCUGUAAGAAUAUUUGAUUCCCAAACCGAACUGAGCCAGUGGCACGUGACACUGCUGUUGAGGGCUAGAAAUCAGAUCACUGAAAAGGAACAUCUUAUACUGUGAUUUAAUCUCAACCAUACAAAUCAUGAACGUGAAAGUUCAAUAAACUUAUUACUUAUA